AUGGCCAUUCCAGUCUACACAAUGUCAUGCUUCAAACUCUCUAACAAACUGUGCAAAGAGAUAAGCUCUAUAAGGCCAAAGUUAUGGUGGGAAGAUGCUAAUGAUAGGGACCAGAUUCACUGGUGCUUAUGGGAGAAGAUGACUCAAGAGCCCGAAUCGGUUGUCACCAGCGCUGAUCUUUUCGACCGCGAGAAUCAGGUGAAUUUCGUUAUGGACCUCUUGCACCAACGAGUUGAGCAGUCCCAAUUGUCCUCCACAACCUGUGUGGUGAUUGACCCGGAGAUUUCCGAUGCUGACCCGAAUUUCGGGAUUCAUGAAGGAAACGACGGAAUGGAGCCGACCCAUUUGGAUCUUGAUCUGAAUCUAGGGUUUCUCGGAGAGCCCACUUCGACAAAUGUGGAAAAUUCAGGGUUCGUAGCUGAAAAUUUUGAGGGUGGGGACCAUUUUGUAACCGGGUUGCGAGUCGUGGAUAUCGGGUCGGAAUCGGAUUCUGAUAUAAACCAUGACGUUGAGAUUGAUUUUAGUGCUGACGAUGAUGAUAUAAGUGAGGGUGAUGAUGAUCCAAGCCUUAGGCUCUGUUGGGAUUCUUUUCAGAUUGAGGAUCAUAGAGAAGUUAAUGAGGAUUUUGAGUGGGAGGAAGUGGAUGAAGGAGUUGAUGAGAGAGAGGUUCUGAGCAUGUUUCUGGAUGAUGAUGACAUGCCGGUGAUGGCCCGGGAGGAGAGUGCAGAUGUAUCUAGGAAUUUGGACUGGGAGGUUUUGUUAGAUGUGCAGAAUUUGGAAGCAAUCUCCGAGAAUGUGACAGAGACGGCAUGGGAUUGCGUGGGGGUUGCGCAGGGAAGAGUAAGGGAGGUGAGGGAAAUCAAAUAG